CACACCGACGUCCACACACGUGUCGAGACGGUGAUUGGCGCCGAUGCAAUGUUUACAUGGGUCGAUACACUCCAUACAAAAAGAAAACAUUGACAACAUGAUAACCUAAAUACAAUGUCCGGGCGUAACGGUUCAGUAGAUCUGAAUAAAUCCAACGGACAACUUGCGAGACAGAGGAAAGCAGCACCGCGCACCUUCAGAAGCAACGGACAGGAUGGGGCUCGCCGGCUUCGUGGGAAUUUUGUUGCUGUUGGAAGCUUGCUCGCUCGUCCACGUAGUUCGGCCCAACUGUCUCAACAGUAGCUUUCCUGUGAUAGUGAUCACCUGGGAUUAUAAAGACGCGACGGAGAAAGCAUGGGACGUGAUACAUAAACAGAAGAGGAGCGCUCUGGACGCGAUAGAGGAAGGAUGUUCCCUGUGCGAGGAGCAGCGAUGCAGGAAGACGGUGGGAUUCGGCGGCAGUCCGGAUGAAUCCGGGGAGACGACGCUGGAUGCUGUCAUCAUGGACGGAGUGACGAUGGACGUAGGCGGAGUGGGAGGACUGCGAGACGUGAAAAACGCCAUCUCGGUCGCCCGCAAGGUGCUGGAGCACACGAAGCACUCCUUGCUGGGCGGAGACCUGGCCACGGAGUUCGCCGUGAACAUGGGAUUCAAGAGAGAGUCCCUGCAGACGGACGAGUCCAGGGAGAUGUGGGAGCAGUGGAAGAGCAACAAGUGCCAGCCCAACUUUUGGAAGAACGUCGCGCCGGAUCCAACAACCAGCUGUGGGCCAUACCACGCGAAAGACGUAGAAGACGACGACGGUGUAUCAAUAGGAAGCGAGGAGAAUCACGAUACGAUAGGUGUGCUCGCGAUAGACUCGCAGGGACAUACGGCAGCUGGAACGUCCACGAACGGCGCCAGGAACAAGAUACCCGGGCGCAUCGGGGAUUCUCCUAUCGCGGGUGCUGGCGCAUACGCCGAACAGUACGUCGGUGCGGCAGCCGGUACCGGCGACGGAGAUAUUAUGAUGCGAUUUUUGCCGAGCUUCCUGGCGGUGGAGGAGAUGCGCUAUGGAGCAACGCCGAGUGUCGCUGCUAGGAAUGCGAUUAAUAGAAUCGCCGCGUAUUAUCCUGACUUCUUCGGUGCGGUGAUCGCGUUGAACGCACAGGGAGAGUACGGAGCGGCGUGCAACGGGAUGGCCGCGUUUCCUUAUUACGUCGCGAAUCCCACUCUGGGCCCUAAGCUACUUUCGAUUCAAUGCAGUAACUAUGAUCCAAAAUGUCACAAGAACGACGAAACUUGUUAAUUUGUAUGUUUGGUGAUUUUUCAAGGUGAUGCGAGGCGAUGUACACUUUGAAUAAUCGGACGGGAUUUUUCAGAAAUCCCGUCCGGUUAUGUUAAGGACAUACUGUGUCGUCUAGCAUUCCUAGUGAUAUUAGUGUAAAUGUUAUAUUAUAACUCCGAGAUAUUAAGUAAAGGAAACUGUGUAAAAGAAAGAGAGCUUCGCAAGUGCAGCGCAGCUAUCAGGAAGCGUGUUUCGAGACAGAGAUUUCUUACGGUAUAUUUUAAAUGAUAAAUAAUGAAUUUAAUUUAUCUUAACACUCCAAAAAUUUUAUAAAUAUGUAUAAUUUCUUUUAUAUGUAAAAGGUAGAUAUUGUAUGUGAUUUUCGUGUUUUAAAAAUAUAUCGUAUACGUGUGAUGGCAAAAA